GUGAUAAUUAAAUCUUUAUUACUACAAGGUAUUCCCAUACUUCUUUUUUCUCUUUUCUUUUCCAUUUCAACCUUUAUCCCCUUACAAUAUGGUUAUACCUUGUUUCAGAAGUAAAAAAGAACCCGCCUCACACCAGCAACCACAACAACAACAUAGACAAUCCUUCUUGGACGAUGAACUUCAUGCGUUCGACUUAACAUGGAGAAAUUAUUUACCUUCGGCUUCACAGUUUUGUUGUUGUCUUUCCAAUAGGGGAAAUAUUCGACUGGAGGACGAAGAUCCUCUAGUUGAACCAGCUUAUUACAACGACCAUACUCUCUACCGAGGGGAAGCACUACAGAACUACUUGGAGAAUCCAAGAGACUGGGAAUUUGAGUCUGUCUUGGGCCAAAAUGACUUGCCUCAGUUCGUUACACGAAAUCCAUUCGGUACAUCCAGUCUAAAGAAAAAAAAGUCAAAAAAGUCAAAGAAAAGCAAACGUGAAAGACCCGUCGUGAUGGAAACAGAUAUGGAAGAAGGCGAUAUUAUAGGUUAUGAAAUUGACCAUCAUCAACAAGACGCUGAAUUCUUGGGAGAUGACCAAAUUGCAAAUUUGGCCUAUAACAGACACAGUAGUCAGGUGAUGGACCAAUAUGGCGAGGAACUAUAUUAUGAUCAUGUUCAAGGACCAGUGGUUCAGGAGAUGCAAGCUCCGCCACGCGAAUUUUAUGCUGCAAGAUCAAUGCCUAUGAUAAAUUUCGAACAAAAUGGGGAUGAUGAGUACGAAGAACGCAUUAUUCAAUCCUCUUCAGCACAUACUAUCAAACCUCAAGAAUCUCUUGAUGCCGCGCAGUCAUUAUUAAACAACCGAGUAGGUGAUUUGACAGAAAAGCUAAGCUUUAUCAAAAACAGCAUGAUUCAUCCAUCCGAAGAAAAUGAUGAUACUAAUACUAUGCAUACCAUUAAAAAUAACCACGGAACAACAGUAGAAAACUCUGAUAUCGACUCGAUUACAUCAGAAGCACUAGAUGUAUACGAACAUACGACAUCAGCAUAUGAACACCAACAAAGGAGAUAUUCCAAUAGUGAUGAACUUCACUUACCAUCUCUUGCAGACAAUACCCCGUUUGUAUCGGACCAUCAUCCUUUCACUUAUUUUACUGAUGACCAACAUACUGAAGAAGAAGAGGCAGUGUCUCCUGAGAACGACUCAGUCAACGUCCGAAAUAUCGUGUUUGGUUUUGGCAAAAAAUGGCUCGGCGUCUAGGCUUAUCCAUAAACAUAUGUACAUCAUAAUCACACAAGCUUCUCCUUUCCUUCUACUACCACUUACUCUAUAAUAUAAUAACAUGUCCGUUUAAUUUCUCUUACACAACGCAAGCGUUCCAAAAUUUAGGCUAAAUAAUAAAUCCUUUAAGUGAAC